AUGAAGGACCGAACACUUCCAUCGGCCCUGACUGCUCUUGUUCAGGUUGCGCUUUUCACGCAGCCAAUCUUAGGGCUUGCAAUAGAGACCAUGGAAUUUCACAACUUCCUGCCUCGGGUCACUUGCAGCAGCCUGGCAAACCUCACGUCGUGCGGUCAAGGGCUGCCUGCGAACUUUUGUUGUCCGAGUGAAACAACUUGUAUACCCAUCUACAACACAGGUGUUCAAGCGGUAGGACUAUGUUGUCCUAAUGGCAACGACUGUUCUAUAAUCAAAACCAUCACAUGCGACACAAGUCUUCAGGAUCCAAUUCUAUACCCUGCGUCCCCGCUUCAUACGACAAACACAUCUCAAGCAUUGCCCACUUGCGGCUCAGAAUGCUGUCCCCUGGGAUAUGAAUGCAUAAACAGCGAAUGUUACAUAAAGAGUUCCAGCAGACAGCCCUCUGCUUCAAGUAUGACUGGGUCAUCAACAAGCUCCAUAUUGACUAGCUCUACGAGCGCAACCUCCACUUCAGCAGCAACGCCAAGUGUUGCUCCGGCAACAAUCAGUCCAAGUACAAUUGAGCCUAAACAAACUGGCAACAUCUCGAAAGUGGGUUUAGUUCUUGUUGGUCUGUUUCCAGGCUUGCUAGCAGGCGCAGCGAUUGCCUUGGGGAUACUGUUUUACCUCAGGAGAAGACGAAACAGGCAAGGCUAUAAGUCAGACAGUGCCAGUAGCUUCUUCGGGCCACCAACACCACACGAUAAUAAGCCACCAAAAAUUUCGGUUCCCAUCUACAGGCCAGGGAUGGCUGAUCGUGUGGUGUUUGGUCAUAAUCGCACACCAUCAGGCAAUGCAGUUCCCGAAACUGCAGCAAACUUUUCUGGCUAUUACAGACCCAAUAACAACAGCCCCAACACCAGCGAUUCCAUGACUCUUGUCUCUCCCCCGCACAUUGGCAAAGGUAAUGUUAUCGGGCUUCCCAUCCUUGCUGCGCCCUUCGAAACGCCGGUCAAACGAGGUAGAGCCGAGGCACCGGAAAAGAGCUUCUUCUCCACGUCGAGCAAGUCGUCCAGAAGAUAUACCCAGCAAACCACAGGCAGCAUGGAGACGAUUAGCAUGCUGAUGGGGCCUCCUAGAGUGCCAAGCUAUCAGAGAACGCCAGAAAUGCGGCAAACGACGUACUCGGACGUGUAUCGAGCGGCAGGGGUAAGCCCCGGUCAAGUUAAGAGUACGCGACCAAGCGUGGAUACUCCAAGAUGUUGA